UAUGUGACCAGUCAGUCGUCGCUCAUAACGCUAUAACGCAGCAGCUCGUACGUGGAAUUGAAUAAAAAUAAACAAAAACAUUAAAAAGGUUUAAAUAAUGAGCGGCGAGAAGGCCGAAAAGGCCAAAAUCAGUGCCCAGAUCAAGCAUGUGCCCAAGGAUGCCCAGGUGAUCAUGUCCAUACUCAAGGAGCUCAACAUUCAGGAGUACGAACCGCGCGUCGUCAACCAGAUGCUGGAGUUCACUUUCCGCUAUGUGACCUGCAUCCUAGACGACGCUAAGGUGUACGCCAAUCAUGCGCGGAAAAAGACCAUCGACCUGGACGACGUGCGUCUUGCCACCGAAAUGACGCUGGACAAGAGCUUCACUGGCCCGCUGUCACGUCACGUUCUGGCCAAGGUGGCCGAACUACGAAACAACAUGCCCCUGCCGCCCAUCAAGCCGCACUGCGGCCUGCGUCUGCCCCACCGCUACUGCCUCACCGGCGUCAACUAUAAGUUGCGCGCCAGCAAUCAGCCCAAGAAGAUGACCAAAUCGGCGCUGGAGGGGCGACCGAUCAAGACCGUCGUCAAGCCAGUGUCCAGUGCCAAUGGGCCGAAGCGUGCUCACUCGGUGGUGUCCAAGCAGCAGGUUGUAACUAUACCCAAGCCCGUGAUUAAGUUUACCACCACAACGACAACCAAGGCGGUGGCUAGCAGUAGCAGUGCCAGUGGAGGCGGAGCUGCUGGCGGAGGAGGAUCUGUUGGGGAUGUGAAGAGCGAACCAAGCGGCGGCACUAGUGGCGGAGAUCUCAAAAUGGAGGUGGACAGCGAUGCCGCGGCUGUGGGCAGUAUUGCCAGCACAUCGGGCGCCGGCGGUGGAACAGCAAGUGUCAGCGGUUCGAGCACCUCCGGCAUGGCCGUGAAGCGGGAACGCGAGGAGGACGAGUUUGAGUUUACAGCAAACUAAGGAGCGUGAGAGCAGUAGAUAUUAAGACAAACACCCUCAGAAAUCGCUUUAUAGUUAAGAUUAACUGAAAAUUGUUUCUAAAAGUAAGCCAGGGAAGAUGUAAAGACCACAAUUCACUGUAAAUUGGUAGAAGAAACACGUCGAAGGCUAUUUUUGGGUCGCAUUUCGAAUGACUUCAAACCCCCAGCGAUAUCUUGAACCCUCUUCACAUAUUUUCACAUUCAACCAAAAUCAAAAGUUAAGAAAUAGAAGUUUGAAAUCGAAAAGGACAGUCUGUUUACCGAGAAAUUCGAAUUUACAAGAAGAAUAACCACCCAAGGGAGAUCAAAAUGUUUCUGAUAUAAAUGUAAAUAACGCGAGAAAUGUAACCGAAAAAGAAAAGAAUGAAAAACACUCACCAAAACAGCAAGUAAAGAUUCAUUUUAAAUAUAUAUGUAUUUUCAGCCAGUA